CUCUCUAUCACCUUUAACCUGAAGAAAUCCUGACGUUGUCAUCUGACCUGCUGCACAACGAAACCUGGAUGAUCAGAAACUCCACCCUCUUACAACACUUACUAGGAAUGUUGUAGUCUUUGUUAAACAUUAGUUAACAUUAAGACACGUACACAGGAGUUAUAAUGCAUAAUGCCAUACACCAGUGGGUCAUACCAACUACACAAACUGUAUGGGGGUGUCCUGGACAGAACUAUUCACUGCAUCUACUACAAGGAAGAGACUGUCUCAUUAUUUCUCUUCCUGUCAAACUGACUCUACUGUUUGACAAAGGCAAAAAAGGUGAAUCAGCGAUCAGUGGAAAAUGAAGAAAAAUACUUUAAAGGAUUGUGAGGAGCUUGUUUCAGAACAGACUGCGGAUAUUUGUACAUUUUCAUUUUUGAAAGCAUCAUUCAGAAAGUGAAAGUAAAGUCUACAUUUCUGAAGCUCAAACUGAGAGAAUGGAUUCACCAGCUGAAUAUGAUUAUUCCUGUCCUGUGUGUCGUGAAAUCUUCAACAAUCCUGUUAUUUUAUCAUGUAGUCACAGUUUCUGUAAAGAGUGCCUUCAGCAGUUCUGGAAAAUCAAGAAAAUUCAGGAGUGUCCUGUCUGCAGGAUAAGAUCAAAAUCUGAGCCGACAUGUAAUCUUGCUUUAAAAAACUUGUGUGAGUUGUUCCUGAAGGAGAGAAAUGAGAGCCAAUCACCAAGAUCUGAGGAGCUCUGCAGUUUACACAGUGAGAAACUCAAACUCUUCUGUCUGGAGGACAAACAUCCUGCAUGUUUAGUGUGCUUAACUUCACAGACACACAUCAAUCACACAUUCAGACCCAUCGAUGAAGUGGCUUCAUUAUAUAAGGAGGAGCUCAAUACAUCACUGAAGCCCUUACAAGAGAAACUGAAACACAAAGAAAACAUUAAAGCAAAGUUUGAGAAAAUAGUUCAACACAUCAUGUCUCAAGCUGAUCACACAGAGCGUCAGAUUAAACAUCAGUUUCAGAAGCUUCAUCAGUUUCUCAGAGAUGAAGAAGAAGCUACAAUCAUUGCACUGAGGGAGGAAGAGGAGCAGAAGAAGCAGAUGAUGAAAGAAAAGCUGGAGGAGAUUAACAAACACAUCUCAGCUCUUUCACACACAAUCAAAGACAUGGAGGAGAUGAUGAAAGACAAUGACGUCUGCUUUCUGAAGAAGUUUCCAGUCUCAAUGGAAAGAGUCCAGAUCUCACAGCCGGAUCCACAGAUGGCUUCUGGAGCUUUGAUUCAUGUGUCACGUUACUUGGGCAACCUGCAGUUCAGAGUCUGGAAGAAGAUGCAGGACAUCGUCCAAAACACUCCUGUGAUUCUGGAUCCAAACACUGCGAAUCCACAUCUCAUCCUGUCUGAUGAUCUGACUGGUGUGAGAUACAGCUUGAACAGUCAACUGCUUCCUGAUAAUCCAGAGAGAUUUGAUGAGUAUUCAUGUGUUCUGGGUUCAGAGGGUUUUAACUCAGGGACACAUUGCUGGGAUGUGGAGGUUAAAGAGAGUUUGUACUGGAGUCUUGGAGUAACUACAGCAUCAAACCAGAGGAAGGGACUAGUUUUCUUUAAUUCUGAUGUCUGUUGGGUGCAGUAUGGACUAGAUGAACGGGUUGGUUUUCCUGUUAAACAGAAGCUUGAGAAGGUUAGAGUUCACCUGGACUAUGACAGAGGAACAGUGUCAUUCUCUGAUCCUGUAACUAACACAAAUCUACACACAUUCACAACCACCUUUACUGACACAGUCUUUCCUUUCUUCUGGUGUCAUGAUUUGAAAAUUUUACCAGUUACAUUGCAUCUGAUAGAAGAGAUCUGACAUGCCUCCUGGAGGUCAUAGGCCCAAGCAGGCUCACAGAAAUCUGGUCUUCCACAAACCAUUAACAACUUGUAUUCUCCUAUUGAUGUUGGCCAAAAUGUUUGGUGACAUAUUCCUUAAACAUCAAAGAGAUUCCACAGGGGGAGACCUGACAUCAUCCCCACAAGGAGAAGACCUGAUUCUUGAACAAAUCGUUCUUUUCAGUCAAUUUGCAGCCAGGAAUUUGCUGAGCUGGUUCACAAAACCAAAAUAAAUCGAAGUUUAGUUGUGGGUUGAUGACACAAGAUGCAGAAUUAGAGACAACUCUAGGAGCCACUAGAUCUGUUACUGAACCAAAGAACCGCUUUGAAAUGAAUGAAUUAAACCAACAGGCAGAUUCAGAAGUCAGCGAUUCAAUCAUGUCUGACUCAAAAGAACCAAUGAGCCGGUUCAACUGUUUUCCUAGUAUUACAGAGGACUUGUCGUCUGUUGUGACUAGUGUUGUCAGAAGUAUUGGUACUUCAGUAUCAAGUCUGUACUGAAAUUUUAAACGUACUGGGUCAACUUGGUACAAUGAGUAGAUAGGCAAGAUAGGUGGUUGUUUUUAAAUGUGCCUGUGCAUUUAGUAUUUGUGUGGGCACAAGAAAAGUAAUCAGUGUUUCUAUUUACAAUGUGUUUUUUGAAGUGUUGAGCAUUUUAGAAAUGCAAUGGCCAAUGAGACAUGUUUAAGUUUAAGUUAAUCAGAAUCUGCUCAACGCUGCUAAAAAUGCCAGAGUUUAUGUUCUACACACUCAUGAAUCCUUUCAUUACAAUGUAUAAACACAAUGUAAGUAUAAGAUUCAUUGUGCAGUGUAGGCAGCUUCUUCGAUUAUAACUGGAGUUUUCACAUAAGUGUAGAACUCUGAUCUUAUACUCGCAACUUAAGUGAUUGACAGCUCUUUGCUUGCUUUCUGUAUAACCCGUUUGUAAUUUGAAGAAAAGUUGUAUUUUUCAUGCUGCUGAGUACACAUUGCACUGUGAUAACCACAAUUAAUUGUGGGAUUGAAUCCGAAACUGCAAUGACUGACAUAGUGAUAACCAUAGCAAUAAACAGGAAAUAAAAAUCUGAUACUGUAUGCCAAAAUAGAUAUAUGCAUCAAGUCUUGGAGUGUAUAUACAGACUUUCCACUUGUUUAAUGUAAUGUUUCUGUUUUUUGUUUUUUUUACUUGACCUUUUUAAAGGAAUGUUUACUCAAUCUAUAUCUGAAGACCACAUGCUGUUUUAAUGUACUACUUAUUAUUAUCAUUAAUAAUUAACUUUUUUAUUUUAAAAUAUUUGAAUAGUUCCAAUAGGUUUUGCUAUGGUACCAAAAUACCAAGAAUCAUGAAACUGUACUGGUGUUGCACAGACUGCUGAAGUUUUGGUCCUGAAUAAAACAUUUAUAAAACCACA